AAAGCUUCGCCCCCUCUCCCCCCCCCUUAAAAAAAAAAACGAAAAAAAAAAAAGCAACCCCAACAUAAGAAGUUCGAGUAAUCUGUGAGAAUGUAACAUCACGGAUGUGCUGAAAGAGGGAGUUUCUCUGCACCGAGCUCUGAGGGACGCCUGCUCAGCUAACGGGGCUAUCCGCUUCAGUUACCAUCUCCUCGCUGUAAACCCGGACGGUUGGGUCCUGUCCCUCGUUGCAGAUUGUGUUGCCUGUGAGCUGGUGUUUCUGGGGGUUUGGUUGUUAAAGGGACAAAAUGGGUGCAUUUCUGGAUAAACCAAAGAUGGAGAAAUACAAUUCCCGUGGUGCGGGUAACAACCUGAGGUUUGGGCUUAGCAGCAUGCAGGGUUGGCGGGUCGAGAUGGAAGAUGCACACACAGCAGUAAUUGGUCUCCCUCAUAGUCUCGACCUCUGGUCCUUCUUUGCUGUUUAUGAUGGGCAUGCCGGCUCUCAGGUGGCCAAGUACUGCUGUGAGCACUUGCUGGAGCACAUCACCAGCAACCCAGACUUCCAGAGUGCUCUGCAGGAAGACACCUCCGUUGAGAGCGUCAAGACUGGGAUCCGCACAGGAUUCUUGCAGAUUGAUGAACACAUGCGAACCAUCUCUGAGAAGAAGCAUGGUGUGGACCGCAGUGGCUCCACUGCAGUAGGGGUUAUGCUUUCUCCAAGCCAUAUCUACUUUAUCAACUGUGGUGAUUCACGGGGGCUUCUAAGCAGGGCCGGAGCUGUACACUUCUUCACGCAAGAUCACAAACCAAGCAACCCGCUGGAGAAGGAAAGGAUCCAGAACGCCGGUGGCUCAGUCAUGAUCCAGCGAGUUAAUGGGUCUCUGGCCGUGUCUAGAGCUUUGGGAGAUUUUGACUACAAGUGUGUGCAUGGAAAAGGGCCGACAGAGCAGCUUGUUUCUCCAGAGCCUGAAGUUUAUGCAAUAGAGAGAUGUGAGGGGGAAGAUGAAUUCAUUAUAUUAGCUUGUGAUGGCAUCUGGGAUGUUAUGGCCAAUGAGGAACUGUGUGACUUUGUCAGGUCAAGACUAGAAGUUACAGAUGAUCUUGAAAAAGUCAGCAAUGAAAUUGUUGACACCUGCUUGUACAAGGGAAGCCGAGAUAAUAUGAGUGUUGUGUUAAUCUGCUUUCCUGGGGCCCCAAAAGUAUCUCCAGAAGCAGUAAAGAGGGAGGCUGAGCUGGACAAAUACCUGGAGGCCAGAGUAGAAGAGAUCCUCAAAAAGCAAGGUGAUGAAGGUGUCCCAGAAUUGGUCCAUGUUAUGCGGACAUUAGCAUCUGAGAGCAUACCGAAUCUUCCUCCAGGUGGAGAGCUGGCAAGCAAGCGAAGUGUUAUUGAAGCGGUGUAUAACAAACUUAACCCAUACCGAAGUGAUGACACAGACUCAGCAUCCACAGACGACAUGUGGUAACACAACCUCCUACCACUAACACAGCAUAGAGUUUACAAACCACCAUCCUCUCAAGACCCACAGCAGCUCAGCUCAGCAGUCUCUCUCCGUCACUGAGCUUUUGGUUUCAAAGAAGGGAAUUUCAUGGGAGGAGGAAGAGGAAGAGGAGGAGGAGGAGGAGGAGGAGGAGGAGUUGUUGCAUGCACGUAAACCUGGGAUAGUGCGGCACCAGUCCACUCUGGAGUUCAGGAUCCUCACCGUCAUGUCCCCCCUUUAUGUUCACCCUCCUUAAUAUUCUCCUCUAAACUAAUCCACAACAAGUGAGUCCACAAAUUUUUCUUUUUGUCAAAUAAUCGGCUUAAGUAGUAAUUCUUUUCCUGUUUUUUUUCUUUUUUUUUCUUUUUUGUUGUUGCUGUAAUUAAUUCGAUUUACAUUUCCUUGUGUGUGUUUGUAUAUUUCUGUUUUUUGUGAAGUGCAAUUGUCCUGUACAAACAGCCUGUAUUUAAUGCAGCUUGAUUUUAAGUUAAAAAAAAUGAAAGAAAUGGAAAAAAGAGAACCUUUUAUGCACUAUCUGCCUUUUCCUGCUCUUCUGGAAUUCUAACAAUAACUUUUCAGUGAAUAUUACUGCUUGUCCACCAGGCACAAUGUCUCUGCGCGUUUACUUUUCUUUAUGUCUUCACAGUCAGUCUAUGCUCCUUUCAGAAACGGGUAAAUUGUAUAGUUGACAGCACAGUAAGCUCUCUAUAUCAAACAAUUAAACCUAAUUAUUUUUUUCCCAGUUCCUUUUUUUAAUUGUAUUUUACGUUUGUUACUGGUUUUCUGUAAAUGCUCCAAUAAUAAUGGCAAUUUGUAAGUAUGAAGUGGAAAAAUCUUUUUUUUUUCUUUAUUUCCCAUUUUUACAAGCUAUUUGAGUCCCAUGUUAAUAUGUUUGUCUCUGCGAUUAGAUACUUGCAAGCAUGUGUGGGUGUUUUGUGUAAGUAUCAGUGGAAAGCAGAUCUGUUUGUGCAACACUGAAUUCAAUUUACAAAAGGUGAUGCAAACAAACCAUGCUGGAGUUAAAGGGAAUCGCCCUCCCUAUACUUACCAUUGUUUUCCCCGUAUAUAUAGAUAUAUUUAAUUAGCCUUCCAUAUUGGUUUGCUUUACGACUCACUUGAAACACGUUUGGGUAAGGAAAUGUAAACUUACUGUUAUUCUGUUAGAAAAUUAAAUUAACCUGAGUUGACAGUUAGUUGAAUUAAAGAAUCGUGUACAAUGACUUGCAGCUAGUCGGGCAGUGAUUAGCUUUUACAUCUAUUGUGUCAUAUUUAAAUUUCAAAAUGUACAGUACAAGGAUACCACUUUAGGUGCCAUGUGGGUGUUGUUUCUCUUUUUUGAAAUCAUGACAUUUUCAGCUUUAUGACACCCUAUGCCAAUUUUCUUUAACAGAUUUCAUUUUUUUUGUAUGUACUGCAAAUAGAUUUUAAGUUCUGCAUUUGAUGAUUUGACAUGAAAAGAUUAAGCACUGAAUAUUUUUUUGACAAAAAUUUCACAUUAAUAUCCUGAAUUAGUUGAAACUAUAGGCUUCGACACUUUUUUCCUUUUUUAAAAAAAAAACCCAACAAACAUGAUCUUUAUGUGAACUUUAAAUUAAGAACAAAUGUGCUAACUACAAGGAGUUUUCAUGGUUGUUGAGCACCUUUUUAUUCCCAUCAGGUUUCCUUUCACUUAAUACUCUCCCUCGCCGCACUUCAAACCCCAGCAGCUGCUUCAGUGUCUGACCUGUGGGUUAUUUUUUUAAAUUUAAUUUCCCCCCAUAGAAAAGAUUAUCACUGAAAACCUGUAUUUAACAAACACAAUAGAUGUUUUUUUUAAUUAUUAUUAUUUUGAAAAGAAAUGGUUUUAUGAGAUUUAUUUCUCCCUUUUAUUUGUUUUACAUUGUUAUAAAAUGUGGGUGUGUGUGUGUGUCUAUUACUUUUUUCUUCUUUUUUUUUGAUUAAUAAAUAACAUCACUUGA